AUGCUUGAAUGGAGGGAAGCAUUUGGUGACCUCAACUCUACCUGCACAUUACCUCAGGGACUUCCUUCGAGUGUUGCUGUCAGUGUAUCGCUGUUUGCCUGACAUUCGGCAUAUUCAAAACUUGGCUAGCCGAGGUUGAACUCGAGACGGGUGCGACGCUGAAGGUCCUCCGAACCGACAACGGUGGCGAAUACUGUUCGAGAGCGUUCACAGAGUUCUGCAAGGCACGAGGCACUCGUCGACAAUACUCUAUCCCACGCACGCCUCAACAGAACGGUCGUGCAGAGCGGGUCAAUCGUUCCAUUGUCGAAGGCGUCCUUGCCCUCCUUGUCGACGCCCACCUACCCAAGACAUUCUGGGAGGAGGCUGCAGCUUAUUUCGUUUACUGCAAGAACCUGUGUCAACACGCGGCCCUGGACAAGGCAACACCAAACUCCGUCUGGCAGGGUGACCACACCACUGCCUCGGCGCUUCACCCGUUCGGCUGUACAGCUUGGCUUACGGUCGCGCCCGAACUUCGCUCCAAACUCGACCCGAAGGCGGUUCGCGUUCUUUUCACCGGCUACGACCUGGCUUCAAAAGCCUUUCGCUUCUACGACACUACAACACAGAAGAUUAUACUUGGCAGAAAUGCCACAUUCCUCGACACUGAAUUCCCCGGAUUACAUGGCGACCCCACUGAGCAAGACGGCGACCCCACUGAGCAAGACGGCGACCCCACUGAGCAAGACGGCGACACGCACUUCGCCAGCGCUCCCACCACCGAAUCUCAAACCGUUGUCAAGACAUGGACCCCACUAGUAAGGUCGGCGCACAUGGACGUCUCAUCCCCCCUUGAUGAUUCUGCCAUGAGCGCCGUUGACGUGGCCCCAGGGUACACUGGCGGAACCUUACUUAACUUCACAGAUGCCGAAUCGUCCUCGUCACCGUCGCCUGUGCCGUCCUCGUCACCGUCGCCUGCGUCGCCCUCAUCACCGUCGCCUGCGCCAUCGCCUGCACUUUCACCAUCGUCGGCUGCGUCAUCGUCACCCUCGGCCUUACCGACCGACUCUGAAGACUCCGCCGAUCCCCUUGACCUCCUCGGCUCACAGCCCCAGGUUCGCCUCGAUCUACAGGACGUGCACCACCCAGACUUCAGCACGUACCGCGAGCCCGCAUCGGCUGAGGAGUCGCCCGACGAACUCGACCUCAUUGGGCGCCACUCUCGCGACGAAUCUCCGGACGAAAUCGAUUUCCUCACCCGACACCACCGCGCCUUCAUCGCCAUCGACGACGACACCUCUGACACAGAGGCAGUUCAGCCAGUCAAGUCCAUCACGAGCGACCCACAGACCUGGCGCGAGGCGAUGUCUAGCGACAAGCGUGAAGUAUGGGCCAAAGCCGCCACCGACGAGUUCACCUCCAUGCGCGACGACUUCAAGGUCUUCACCAUCGAGGACCGAUCCACGGUACCAGCGGGUGCGACCAUCGUCACAUCCAAGUUCGUCUGGAAAACGAAACGGAAUGCACUCGGCGAAGUCACCGGCCACAAGGCACGGCUCGUGGCGCAGGGAAAUCGGCAACGCGACGGCAUCGACUUCAACGAAACCUUCGCACCAGUCGCACGCUUCUCCUCGAUACGCUCACUCCUCGCGCUGGCGGCCGCCAACGGCUUGCACGUGCACCAGGCGGACAUCGACAAAGCCUAUCUGCAUGGCGACCUUGACCAUGACAUCUGGAUGACGACACCGCGCGGCUUCGACCUUCCCACCGACAAGGUGCUUCGUCUGCGACGCUCCAUCUACGGACUCAAACAGGCUGGCCGAAUCUGGAAUCGACACAUCGACGCAUCGCUUCGAGAUCUCGGCUAUACGGCGACGGGCACCGACCACUGCGUGUACUCUCGGAUCGACGAUCGGCGACGCCCACACUACAUCGCGCUGUACGUCGACGACCUCCUGAUGAUGACAGGCAACGUCGGAGGGGAUGACGAUGACUACACGCGAGAGACGAGGGAGAGAGCGAGAGAGCGCGCGAAAGCGCGAAGGAGCGAAAGGGGUGUCGACCGAGGCGGCGGCAGUCGACCGAGAGGCAACCGCGGAGGAUACGCGGCUGCAAGGCUCGCAGCAAGUCCAGUGUACCGAACUAUGGUAGCCAACGAGGUCGGACAGAAGAGGGAGGGCAAACGAUCCAAGAAAUAG